GUUGUGAAGCAAUAGUGAGGUUCAGAAAUGCAAGCCGUCUAUGAAGAUAUAAGUUUUGAUCUCUGCAAAAUUGACAAUAGUGAAAACUAUAACUCUCCAACAGACAUUUAUGUAAAUACAGAAGACUGUCACGCAGAGCUGAAAACUUCAGGUAUGUUUGUUUGAUGAUUAAAUACUGAUACUGAGAACUAGUGAGGUUAGUGAAUGACAACAACAAAACAAUUCAGACUAGUGUUAUGUCACACAUAACAAUAGUAACCAGGAAACGAGUAACCAGGAUAUCGGAUUCAAAGUUUUUAUAUAAAUAUUAUAUAUAAAUAUUUAUAAUGGGACAAAUCUAAUGUAACCUAUUAAAAAUAUCUAAUCUAAUAUUUAUCUAUAUUUUAUCAAACUAAUAAUGUAAAAAGCAACAGAAAUCGUUUUAUUUCACAGUGGGUCUCGAUAUGACUCUGGAACAAAGAUGUAUGAAAUAACAACUCUUUUCUCUCAUAUCUCUGACCGCACUGAGCUGAAAGACAAGAAGAAACCAGGAAAGAUCUUCAGAUCUGCUUUUGGUCUCCUAAUACUUGGUGUUUUAUUAACACUCUGUGUUGUAGGGAUCCUUUAUCACAAUAAAGUGGUUUCAUAUGAGAUAUUAAGUGAGCAGUAUUGUAAUGUUACUGAAACACUGAUGAUGCAGGAACAUGAAGCCAAGGAGAUAAAAGAACUGUAUGAAGCACUGAAGGUGAAGCAUCAGCAAGUUCAGGAAGAUCUUGCUGCUUGCAGUGCAAAUAAAAACAAUGGACAAUGUGAGAAAGGAUGGAAGUCUCUUGGUUUAAAGUGUUACUACUUCUCGACUGUUAAGAAGAACUGGGCACAGAGUCGAGAUUACUGUGUGGAGAAAGGAGGUCACCUGGUGAUUAUAACCAGUCAAACUGAACAGGAUUUUGUAGUUUCACAAAGUAGAAAAACACACUGGAUUGGCUUGAAUGACUUGGAGACUGAGGGUCAGUGGAUGUGGGUGAACAAAAAGCCUUUAAAGGAGACAUGUGUAACGUUCUGGUAUAGUGAACCUGGGAGAGCAAAUGAGCCUGAUAACUGGAAAGAGGAGGACCCUUCUGGAGAGAACUGUGCUGCUCUGGGUCAUGAUUUCUUUGACACAGAUAAAUGGUUUGAUGCUUCCUGUCUUAAGCAGAAACAAUUUAUCUGCGAAAAAUAAAACACCACUGUUUCACUCCAAUUUGUGUAAAUAGCAGCUUUAACUUUACAUGCAUGUUAACCACUUUUUGGACUAGAGGGAAUCUUUUACAUUAUCUUUAAUAUUUCACCUUUUAAAUGGUCUUGAAUUACAGACCUGCAGGUUAGAAGAUUAGGUGAUAUAAGAGAAUGUAUUUUUCAGGCUUUUCUCUUGCUGUCUUGUAGAAACUUUAGUAUCUGACAGUUUUACUAUUCUGAAUCUAAAUAAGUUUAUUUCUUUGAAUGACACAGACAAUUAGACUGGACAAUUAUAACCAUGAAGAUGUUUUAAUGACUUAUCAGAGGUUCCGCUUCAGAGUUUAAUUAUAUCUUUAAACUAAUCCAGUCACUUUACUUUACUUCUAUGGGACAUUUAUUUGUGGAUUCAAUAAAUACAGUCUAUAGCCAGGAGCAAAUUACCCCUUCUGGACACUUCUGAACGUUUUCGUCCAUUAGGUGGCAUCGUUUCCCCAUUUUUAGACAGGCUUUUUUACAUUGAGUUAAUGCUGCUAGAAAGCCUGAACACACAUCCUCUCUCUCUUUUUCACACACACACACACACACACACACACACACACACACACACACACACACACACACACACACACACACACACACACACACACACACACACCCCCCCCCCCCCCCCCCACACACACACACACAACCAAUUACUCCAUAGAACUCCAUGUAAAAAUCAAUGGCCCACUUUUUUGCUCUUCCCAGCUGUGCAUUGAAAAAAUGUGGUUAUAAUGGCAGUCAAUAAGGGAAAAAAUCCCUGAUAUGGAGACAUACAAUCUAAUGUAACACAAAAACUACCAAUUUAUAAAAGCCAUUGUUGCUAGUAAUCUUUGACAUAUUCAAGACUUAAUAAAAGGUUAAAAAAAAUCAAGUUUAAAAUAAAAUAAUAAGAAAAAAAUAUAAAAAAUAAGUCAUUUUGUGUAUAUUUUAUGCAAAUUUGUGACAUCAGUAAUUAAUUAGUAAAUAAAAAGUAGUUUUUUUUAAAAGAUUUUAAAGAUUUGAUUAGAACUGAGGUUGAUUAACAGAUUUAUGCAAAACGUUUUAAAAAAAUAAUUAAUCUGAUAUAGUUUUAGAUGAAUAUCACAAAAGGGUUUUAGAUGAAUAUCACAAAAGGGUUUUAGAUGAACAUCACAAAAGUGUCCACAAGGGUAAAAAAGAGAAAAGCUGAUCCGCCACGAAGAGGGUCAGUGUCAUAGCUGCAAAAAUGUCACCUUUCGAAGAAAUUCACCAUUCUUACAUUUAAAGUCUAAAUCUAUCAACCUCAUGUACUCUUAAAUGAUGCUGUUUAAAUACCACAGAGCACUAAGCCCACAUUUAGCCUUUGAUUAGCUGCAGACAGCCUUCCCACAAACAAAUUUCCAAACCCCAGGAAUAACCAGACAUUAAACACCAUUAAACUAGGUAUCCCUGAAAGCAAGGUUUUGAUUACUGAUGGCAUUACUGAUGGUGUUCUCACAAGUUGUUUCAAAACCAUGCUGCAAACAUGUCUAUUCUAAAAUUUUCUGAUUUCUAUAUGCUUUGUAUUAUUAUUAUUAUUGUUAUUUUUGUUGUUAUUAUUAUUAGAGUUAAGGAACAUAGUUAUUCAAAAUAUGUAAAUUAAUUAUUUUACUUU